AUGGUGAGCCGCUCUACCCUCGUUCUAUCUUUAUGGGUGGUUAUUAUAGAUACUUCCGGCUUUCUGCUCCUCCGAUGCAAAGUGUAAGGGAGGGGCGGCUUCACCAGAGAGAUGCCAUGGCCUAGAGCGGCUUGUUUUUAUGUCACGUGCUGUUGUGUUUCCAGGUCAGGAGGAGUCGGAGCUGGGCGGGGUGAGGGGAGAGGUGGAUGCUUUUAUACGACACUGGAGGACCUUGUGGUGGCCGAGUGGGGAAAGCUCCCUCAGUUUAAGAAGUGGGCAUUUUAGCAAGUGUGGCAUGGAAGACAAGCUGCCCCUAUUGCAAUUUUCUUUUCUGCACAGUGUAUCUGAAGAAGUGUGCAUGCACACGAAAGCUUAUACCAAGAACUAACUUAGUUGGUCUUUAAGGUGCUACAGGAAGGAAUUUUUUUAUUUCGACUAUGGCAGACCAACACGGCUACCCAUCUGUAACUUUUCUGCACAGUUACUAAAGGUGGAGGAGCCUUUGGCAAUCAGCUUUAUUUUGCCUGUUUAUUAAUGCAUAUCAUUGUUUUUCGCUUUUGUUUGUUUCAGCGUUAUUGUUGGUUUUAAUUUUCGUUGUGAGUUUGCCGUUUUGUUUUGAAAAGCGACUCAUAAGUCAUAAUAAUAAUAAUAAUAUAAAAAAAUCCUGUCUUCCAACAGUGGUCAACAAGAUGCCUAUGGGAAGCCCACAAAGCAAGAAACUCAGUAACAAUAGUACUGUUCUCUCUACCUGUGUGUUCAUAGGGAACUCGUAUUCAGAGGCAUACUGAGCCCCACAAACUCCCAAAAUCUGCCCCAAAGGGUAUGUGGGGUAAACAUAGGACAGGUUUAGGGAAGUACACGGAGGGAGAAGGGCACAUUCUGUUGCUCUAAUAUAAAUCCUUCCACUAAUGUAAUGAGAUACUAUGCUGGAUAUACAAGCCAUAACAUUUAUUGAAUGUUUUUUUGUUUAGAGGCAGCAAAGGGGCUAGAACUGUUGGGAAGAAAAGUGUGGCAGUGAACUGGGCAAAACGUUUCUUUGCAUGAGAGGAAAAGGACACAUUCAGAUUUGUUUUUUUAGGGAGACAGAGAGGAAAUGUUCCUAAUUUGAGAAGGUAGCAACUUGGUUCUUUAUUUGCAUACAAUUAUUCAGUCUUGUUGGAAAUAAUGGGAUUUGAAUUAAUCACAGCUAAAUUGCCCCACUAAUUUCAAUUGGAUGCAUCUCAAUAUGAGUUGGAUUUGAGCUGAUGUAUGUGGUUGAAGCCUGCUGAUUCAGGCUUCAGAAUGGAAAAGCUUGGAAUUAACCUUCAUUUUUACAAACUUAGUUUAAUUAUUAAAAUUUAAUUUCUUUGUUCUUAAGUGUACAGUUAUGAAUACUUCAUGAAGUUUAUAGCAGAUAUGUCUCCAGCUCUUAUUAUUAAUGGAAAUUGUUAUGUACCAGUAAGUAGAUUUAUGAAUUUUACUUUUUUUUUUCUUCAAGUGUCUUUUGGUGUUCUGAAUUAUAUGUUUAAUAAACUGGGUUUAACCUGCUUGCAUUCAGUUUUAUUUUAACCAUUUAGAAAUAAAAAUAAAAUUGUGUGGUGCAGCUGUAAGCAUUUUUACUCCAAAGCAAACUGUCCUGAGUUUAAUGGGAUUCAGGCCUAUCAGCAUGCUCUGCUAUUCUCACUCUGAAACAGUUUCAGAGAUCACUUUAGCUCUGCUGCUGACUUCUGGACUUUAAAAAAAAAAAAAUAGGUAGGUAAAUUUAUAACUACAGAGGAAAGGUGAGACCCUCACUUCUGCCCCAUGUCUCCUACUGCAGACAUCCAUGAACUCAGUUUGUACCUAAGUAGGGUGCUGCUCAUUUGAGCAACUUGAACACUGCAAGCUUCAGAGAAAGGCAGAGAUGGGGAACCUGUGGCUUUCCAGGUGCUGUUGGAUUCCCAGCUCUCCUCAGCUCCAGUCAGCAUGCCCAACGGUCAGAGGUGGCGGGAGUCACAGACCUAGAGUGCCACAGGUUUCCCUGCCCUGGGCGUUGGGGACACAGCUUCAUAAAGGCUGCAGCUCGGGGCAUUUUCAGACUGUCACUGUUUGAAUGGGAUUCAAUUACACAGGGAGUUGGUAUUCUGCAACAAACACGCUUCCCCCCACAAAAGACCAGACUUUUUGCAGUAAGGAAAGUGACAGGGAAAUGCACUGGAAAGUGUGGGAUAACACUUGCUGUGAUGCAGCACUGAGGAGCCAAUCCACAUCACACAUUUAAAGCACAGCCAAAGCUCAUGACUUCCCUCAAGAAAAUAUUUGGAAUGGUAGUUUCCACUCACAGAUGUGCAAUUUCUGGCACCCUUAACCAACUAUGGUUCCUGGGAUUCUUUUGGGGAAGUAAUGUGCUUUAGUUAAGAUUCCUGCACCACACGUGGUUGGACUAGAUGACCCUCAGGGUCCCUUUCCAACUCUACAGUUCUAUGAAAAGCACAUGGGAUGCUUUAAAUGUGUGGUGCUGAUGUGCCCAUUAUCCAAUCUCCCACAAACAAAUCAGGAUGAAUGCUCAAUAAACAGGCUGUCUCGAAGUGCCCUUGAUUUAGCCCCUCACAUUUUUAACUUAAAACUGCCUGGUUACAACAGUGUUAUUUUAUGCAAGCAUUUCAUUAGCCCAGACGUUCUUCUGGCUGACACUAUUGUUUCAUCUUGAUUUUGUGUGGUUUUUUUUAAACCCGCUGCACCACCGCCUGUGUUUAUGUUUGUUUUUAUUGCAUUGUUUUAUAUGCUGUGAGCCGGCUCUGAGCCCUGUGUUUUGCGGGGGAAGGGCGGGAUAUGCAUUUCGCUCCUAAAUAAAUAAAAUCAAUAAAAGCCUCUCUGCUCGGUCUGCUGUAGUCAUUUCUGCCGCAACAGCUUCUCCCCCAGAGAUUUAAAAGCCGAGAGGGUUUCCCCCCCCCCUCCUCCUUUGGGCUUCAGACCUACUAGGAAAGUAUAAUGGUCUGCAAUAUGUAAUCAAUAGUAAAAAAGAAAUAUUUCUCAGCAGCUGCAGUCUCUGAAAUGGCAGCCUCUGCACGGUGAUUAACAAAAGAUGUUGCUGAGCUGGAAAGGACAUGGAAAAGGGCAAUCAAAAUUAUCAAACAACUAGAGCAACUUCCUUAUGAGGAAAGGUUAAGGGUUUUUUUUAAAUACAGGACAAUUUUUCUCCAACCCCCCCCCCCCCCGGCUUCAGAUUGCUGGAAAUUAUUGAGGCCCACCAGUCACAAAAUGGAGGCAACAUCUGACAUAAUAAUUUGGCAAUUACUGUCUUUUUAUCUUCUUCUUUUUACUGAAAUCUAAUCCAUCUUUGAAAAUGGUUGAAUUCUAUGCUGCACUAUUUUCCUUGUGGCAAGGCAUUCCACAGCUCACCUUUCCUCAAGUUCAGUGCAGCUGCUGGAAGUGGUAAGAGAGGAUGGGUGUUCUUGCAGUUGGGGCCUGCUUGUCAGCCUCCCAGAGGCAUCAAGCUGGCCACUACCUGGGUGCUGAAAUGUACUUAGGCAGGAAGAACCAGCUGCACAAAUAUAAGAUGGGGGGGCACCUGGCUUGCCAGAAGUACAAAUGAAAAGGAUCUAGGGGUCUUGGUAGACCACAAACUUAACAUGUCAACAGUGUGAUAUAGCAGCAAAAAAAGCGACUGCCAUUCUAGGCAGUAUUAUGCCUUGGUCAGACCCCACCUGGAGUCCUGUGUCCAGUUCUGAGCAUCACGAUUUAAGGAUAUUGACAAGCUGGAACAUGUACAGGUGUGGGUAACUAAGAUAAUCAAGGGUCUGGGAAUCAAGUCUUAUGAAGAAUGGUUCAGGGGGUUGGAUAUGUUUAACCUGGUAAAGAGGAGACUGAAAGGCGAUAGAAUAGCCAUCUUCAAAUAUCUAAAAGGUUAUCAUCACAUGGGAGAUGGAGCAAGUUUGUUUUCUCCUGCUCUGGAGGGUAGGACCCAAACCAGUGGCUUCAAGUUACAAGAAAGGAGAUUCUGACCCUGCAUUGUGGAAGACAAUCCCAACACAGGUUUUAGUGAAGCCUGCGGAUGGUACCAAUUCUGCCACUUCAUUCUGCCAUCUAAGUCUGCAAAUUCAUGUUUAACAACUGUGUUUUGUUACACUUUUUUUUAAGGAUCAACCUCCAGCCAUUUCACAGAACAAGAAUGCUAGAGAAAAGAAUGGUCCUAGGCAGAAUUUCAGAGGCAGCCAAAAGAGAAACAGAAAAUAA